CCUCAUUUCAGCAUCUGAGGCAAAUACUUCAAAAUUCACCCAUUGGACUUGAAAGAAUUUACUGGAAAAUAAGUGGAGAGACAGAGGAGGGAAUCAGCUGCCAGAGCUCAGAAAGUGUCUGAAGUCCGUUGGAAGAAAAAAAGGAUUUAUCUCUGGCUUUCAGAACUCAGAGUGAUAUGGCUGGCAUUCUCCGCAAGCUCGCAGCGUGCAUCCCCUGCGUGUGGAUCUUCCUCAUGCUUUUCGACCCCAGCUUGCAAACCAGGGCUGUAACAGGUCACAGAGAACCCAUUCCCGAUGACAGCAAAGACAACAUCACCAUCUUUACCCGGAUCUUGGAUCGCUUGCUGGAUGGUUACGACAACAGAUUGCGUCCCGGACUAGGAGAAAGUGUGACUGAGGUGAGGACAAACAUCUAUGUGACAAGCUUCGGACCAGUAUCAGACACUGAUAUGGAAUACACGAUUGAUGUGUUCUUCCGGCAAAGUUGGCGGGAUGAGAGGCUGAAGUUUGAUGGGCCUAUGCAGGUCCUUCCACUUAACAACUUGCUUGCCAGUAAGAUUUGGACUCCGGAUACUUUCUUCCACAAUGGGAAGAAGUCAGUAGCCCACAAUAUGACUACACCCAAUAAACUUCUGCGGCUGGUAGACAACGGAACUCUUCUCUACACAAUGAGAUUAACCAUCCAUGCUGAGUGCCCAAUGCAUCUGGAGGAUUUUCCUAUGGAUGCCCAUGCCUGCCCGCUGAAGUUCGGAAGCUAUGCCUACACCAACAAUGAGGUUGUCUAUAUCUGGACAGCGGAUGAUGAGAAAUCUGUUUCUGUGGCUCCUGAUGGUUCUAGACUCAACCAGUAUGACCUGUUGGGCCAUGUCAUUGGCAAAGAGACCAUCAGCUCCAGUACAGGAGAAUAUGUGGUGAUGACAACAUAUUUCCAUUUGAAAAGGAAAAUUGGAUAUUUCGUGAUCCAGACGUAUCUCCCCUGCAUAAUGACCGUCAUUCUGUCUCAGGUCUCCUUCUGGCUGAACCGGGAGUCCGUUCCAGCACGUACCGUCUUCGGUGAGCUUUUCUUCCUUAUUGUUUACUAA